CAGUAGCUGUUCAGAUGUGUAUGGUGUGUGAAGGCAGUCAGAUCUCUCCUCUCUGUAUCUAGAUCUCUCUGCACCACCAUGAUCAACACUUACCAGACCAGCAUGCCUCCGCCACCUAUUCCCCCACGGCUAGGCUCUGUCACGUCGGGACCAGGCCACAGCAAACCUCUCCUCAGGUUUCUCAUUGGCAUGAUAGUGCUUCAAAUGGUUCUGCUACUGGGGGGAUUUGCCUACCUGUACCACACGGACAACAAGUAUCACAAGGACCUUGACAGCAAGUACCUGGAUGAUAUGAUUAUCCUGAAGAGACUUGAAGAGUGUGAGAAAGACAUCCAGUCAGUGCUGGACUGUAAGAAGCUUGUGGAGAAAUACAAAAGCAUCCUGGCAAAGGUCUCACAAGAGGAAGGAAGAGCUGCUAAACUCACUGGGGAUGGGCCCUCGUAUGGAGCCAUGGCACGCAUGAUAGUAAAGCAACCCGUUUCUGGUACGCCCCCAACAAAGUAUCUGGAGUGGAACAUAGGCCACUCAGUGCGGAAGAACGUCCAGUACUACAUGUCCAGCUGGCUGAAGGUGCUGCAGCCUGGAGACUACAACAUCUACUCCCAGGUGGCUUUCUCCAAAUGGCACCCCAAAACCCCUCUGGCCAGCCGGGUGAAGCUGAGGAAGGGGGAGACGGGAGAGGAGAAAGACCUGAUGACAGCCUACUGCAGCCUGGGGGACCAGGAUCAUACAGAUGUAUGUACAGCUUUCCAGGGAGGAGUGUUCAGUCUGGAGCCAAACGAUCAGCUUAGUGUGUGGGUGACGGACCCCAGCCUAGUCAACUAUGAGGAGGGGACUACCACCUUUGGAUUGUACAAGCUGUAGGCUGGUCAUCACAAGGGACUUUGCCUACAGUAUGGAGAUGAUGGACUACGUUACUUUGGAUUGGGCCUGUUUUUGGAGCGAUGAAUGGAAUCAAGGCCAUGUGAAUGGUUGGAGUGGGACAGGACUGAAUACAAAUCUGCUAAAUGGAUCUAAACAUGGACUAGACCAGUGGUUGCCUAACUUUUUAUAGUCCCAUACCGCUUCAAACAUUCAACCUCCAGCUGCGUACCCCCUCUAGCACCAGGGUCAGCGCACUCUCAAACAUUUUUGGGUUGCCAUCAUUCUAAGCCUGCCACACACACACUAUACGAUACAUUUAUUAAACAUAGGAAUUAGUGUGAGUUUGUCACAACCCAGCUCAUGGGAAGUAAACACAAAGCUCUUAUAGGACCAGAGCAUAAAUAAUAAUAAUCAAUCAUUUUGCUCUUUAUUUAACCAUCUUACAUAUAAAACGUUAUUUGUUCAUCGGAAAUUGUGCUUGAAAGGAUGCACAUAACUAUGCAAUGUUGGGUUAUAUUGGAGAUAAUCUGUCUUAAAUCAUUUCCCACACACAGUAUGUGCCUGUAUUUAGUUUUCAUGCUAGUGAGGGCCGAGAAUCCACUCUCACAUAGGUACGUGGUUGCAAAGGGCAUCAGUGUCUUAACAGCGCGACUUGCCAAGGCAGGAUACUCUAAGCGCAGCCCAAUCCAAAAAUCUGGCAGUGGCUUCUGAUUAAAUUACAUUUUCACAGAACCGCUUGCUGCAAUUUCGAUGAGGCUCUCUUGUUCAGAUAUCGGUAAGUGGACUGGAGGCAGGGCAAGGGAUAACGAAUCCAGUUGUCUGUGGCAUCCGUUUCGGGAAAGUAUCUGCGUAAUUGCGCACUCACUCAGCUAUAAUCACAUUUGACAUUGUCUGUAAGCUUGAGUUUAUUUGCACACAAAAAAAUCAUACAAUGGUGGAAAGACCUGUGUGUUGUCCGUGUUAAUGCAGACCGAGAAGAGCUCCAACUUCUUAAUCAUAGCCUCAAUUUUGUCCCGCACAUUGAGUAUAGUUGCGGAGAGUCCCUGUAAUCCUAGAUUCAGAUCAUUCAGGCGAGAAUAAACAUCACCAGAUAGGCCAGUCGUGUUAGAAACUCAUCAUCAUGCAAGCGGUCAGUCAGGUGAAAAUUAUGGGCGUAAAUAAAACUUUAAGCUCGUCUCUCAAUUUAAAAAAACGUGUCAAUACUUUGCCCCUUGAUAACCAGCGCACUUCUGUAUGUUGUAAAAGCGUUACAUGGUCACUGCCCAUAUCAUUGCACAAUGCAGAAAAUACACGAGAGUUCAGGGGCCUUGCUUUAACAAAGUUAACCAUUUUCACUGUAGUGUCCAAAACUUCUUUCAAGCUGUCAGGCAUUCCCUUGGCAGUAAAAGCCUCUCGGUGGAUGUUGCAGUGUACCCAAGUGGCAUCGGGAACAACUGCUUGCACGUGCCUAACCACUCCACUAUGUCUCCCCGGUACAGAUACCAACAUGAGCAGCAGCUACUUUGGCUACAUACGGACCGUUAGUGGAAUUCCCGCAAGAGAGUAACGGUUAAUGCGAUUGGAUGUUAAUUAUUUGACUAGACUAGCUGUAUUUGACAUUGUGUUGUUAUUUUGCUGAACACUAGAUGGUUUAAUUGUAUUUUUGGCAGUGAAAUGAGGCUACUCAGGCGAGAUAAAAUGUAUAGUACCAUUGGAAAAUAUAAAUGGACUGUUUGAAAAUGGGAAGAUUUUAUAUAUAAUAAUAUAAUAAUAAUUUUAUAUAUAAUAAUACAUUUAAAAAGUACCUCCCCCCCCCCCCCCCCAGUUUGGGAAUAUCUGGACUAUCAAUUAAAAAAUAUUAAUCUUCUUACCAAGCCCACGGUGAAACCCACAAAUCCCUGGAACUUAUUGCUGUUGAUUGGAUAACUUAGUAUCCCAGCCCUACGAUGUUAGAUAUUAAUAUUAAUUACUAGGAAUAUGGCAAUGACUGUGUAUUUAUUGUGACGUAUGGUGUCUGUAUAGAUAAUAAAUUAUUUUUUAUUGAAAA